AUGCAAAAAGAACCAGAAGAUGAGCAACUGGCUCAUUUCCUAGCAGCACUCAAGAAGCUACAAGUCAAUAUCUCUUUUGCAGAGGUAAUUGAAAAGAAGAACCCAUAUACAGCCUGUAUAAAUUGCAUUCUUUUUGAAAAGAAGGACUUAAGGGGAGAUGAGAUGAUGGUACUGACCAAAAAGUGCAGUGCUUUAGUCCAGAAUGAACUACCAAAGAAGAUGCCAGAUCCAGGGAGCUUUCAGAUUCUAUGCACUACUGGAAAGAUCGCUCUUGACAAAGCCCUGUAUGAUCUUGGCUUAAGUUUGAAUCUGAUACCUUCAUCUGUGAUGAAGAAGUUGGGAAUCCAAGAGGCACAAGCAACAAGAAUUACCCUACAAAUAAAUGACCAGUCUUUGAGGCAACUACACGAGCCAGUGGAGAACGUACUGGUAAAGGUUGGAGAGCUCUUCUUUCCUGCAGGCUUUGACAUGGGAGAGGAUGCAACUGACUCCAUCAUUCUCGGAACCUCACUCUUGGCCACUAAAAGAACCUUGAUAGAUGUUGAGCAAGGAGAGAAGGCACUAAGGUUGUAUGAGGACUGGAUGAUGUUUAAGGUUUUUAACCCUCCAUUACCCCCUAACAAGGAGGCACUUGCAUAA